AAAUUUUAUAAUAUUAUUGGCUUGCAUUUGUCCACAUGACAUGCUGAUGUGGAGAAAGGAUCAGAAUCACUUUAAUAAAUCCAAUUUAAAUAUGCCACAUCUAACAAAAAGUAAAAAACGAUUAAUGAAAGUGUGUGAUGGCAUAGAUUAUGAUAAUAUCGAUGAAUUAGAAAGUCCCAAUAUUGAUGAAUUAAAAGGUUCCGAUAUCAAUAAUUCUUUUAAUGAUUGCUAUGAUGGGCCAACGGAAAAUAAUAAUGCUGUAAAUAUUGUAACAAGACUUCAAGAAGUAACAAAAAAAUAUCACGAAGAACAUGUUUCUCACAAAGUACGUAAAUCCCUUUACAUAAGAAACUUAAGCCGCACUACAAGAAGAAAGAAUUAUCAACAGCAUGAAGCAGCAAAGGGAACUUUUACAUUGCAUACCUUUUGGAAUACUAAAAAAUCUACUGAGGAAAUUAAUAAUGAUGAUGAUGACCUGUUGGAUGAUAAAAUUGAGGAUUGUAAUUGGAAUAAUGAAAUCUCAACUGUUCUUGAAAAUCUGGAGUUAGAUAUUAAAAAAGAAAAAAUAAAAAGUGAAGUUUGGAUACAUCUAAAUGGAAUCCAAAUUUAUAUUCAACUUGUAAAAUACAACUAUUUAAAAAUAGAUGCAAGCAAAGUUGUCACCAAUGCAGCAGGAAAAGGAGUAUAUCACGCCAAAUGCAUUUGUUCUUGGACACAUGAGUAUAUAAAAACCUGUCAAAUCCCUUAUUCUCACCAUGGGCAUCAUGCUAAAAUAUCGAGACUUGGAUUUGCGCCAUUUCCAACAAUCCAUAUCAAUACUGCAAGAAAUUAUUUGAAGGAGCUUGGAUAUUCUUAUGAAAAG